AUGGAAAGGGGGACCUUCCGCAUCCCAAAUAAGGCGCUCUUUGGCCACCUUCUCCUCACCUGCUCUCCCGACUUCCUCCCAUCAGAAGAGCUGCGUUACGUCAAGUCCAACCCAGGGAAGGAAAUACUAAGGGGGUGAUGGCGAGGAGUGGAGGCUGCAAUAAUUAAAAAAACAUCAGAAAGAGAAUGAUUAAGCUGGCCAGCUUCUGCAUUGCAUAUUUUAGUAGCGCUGGGCUAAUUCUUUAAAGACUGUGAGCUCCGAGGCUUAGGGGAAGAGAUGAUAAAUAAUAAAUAGUAAUUAAAUUAAAGAUGUACAUACUGCACUGCUCCAGAUUUCCUGGAAGUUUGGAAAUGGACUCGUGUAUAAUCAUAAUAAUUAAGAUCUCUUUGGCUGAGUACAGCCUACUGGGUGCCACAUCACACGGAACCUUGAAGUCGGCUCGCAUGCAGAGGCUGCCGAAGGAUCUGUCAGGCCUGAACCAGGCUGGAUUUAAGAAUUUGAAAGGAGCAAAGAGAAAUCUGCAAUACGUUUGGCGGUGGCUCCUCUUGAUUUCUAGCUGCCCCAGGGAAGUAAGCAAGACGACUUCUCAGCCGGCCUCGACGUACCAGUAGCCCGUGGGCUAUGCCACGAAAGCAGUACGGAAGGGUCUCUUUCAGGGUCCUUGAUGGAGAAAUAAUAAUAAUAAUAAUAAUAAUAAUAAUAAUAAUAAUAAUAAAUUAUUAUUUGUACCCCGCCCAUCUGGCUAGGUUUCCCCAGCCACUCUGGGUGGCUUCCACAGAGACCAAAAAUACACUAAAAUGUCACACAUUAAAAACUUCCCUGAACAGGGCUGCCUUAAGAUGUCUUCUGAAUGUCAGGUAGUUGUUUAUCGCUUUGAUAUCUGAUGGGAGGGCGUUCCACAGGGCAGGCGCCACUACCGAGAAGGCCCUCUGCCUGGUUCCCUGUAGCUUUGCUUCUCGCAAUGAGGGAACCGCCAAAAGGCCCUCGGCGCUGGACCUCAGUGUCCGGGCAGGAUGAUGGGGGUGGAGACGCUCCUUCAGGUAGCCAUAGCUCAGGGCCGAAGCAUCUGCUUGGCAUGUCGAAGGCCCCUGGUUCAGUCCCUGACAUCCCCAGCAGGGAUGGGAAUAGCCUCCACCUGAAACUCUGGAGAGGUGCUGCCAGCCAGUGUUGACAGAACUAAGCCAGAUUGGCCAGUGGUCUAAACUGAAGUUCCUAGUCAGUGGUCAUUUUAGAAUGACCCCUUUGGAACGCCCUCCCAUCAGAUGUUGAGGAGAUAAAGGGCUACACAACCGUAUCAGAAAGUUUUAAAAGUUUGAUGUUUUAUUAUGUUUUUCUAUGUGCUGGAAGCAGCCUAGAGUGGCUGGGAAAACCCAGCCAGAUUGGUGGGGUAAUAAUAAUAAUAAUAAUAAUAAUAAUAAUAAUAAUAGACCCUUCUGCUCAUUCUGUUCUUGUUCUGACAUCAGUGGGGCUUACUUCCAAGUAAGCUCAUAUAGGAGGGAUGGGGAACUGAUCUGCCUUUGGAAGGCCGCGUCUCCUCCAAUACUUGGGAGGUUAUACGUAUUAGUAGGGAUGGAAAAGAAAUGUGACUCAGUUUGCAUUCAAAGGCAUUCGUAUCUCAUUUGUGCCUCCUGAGACAAUACGUGGACCAAAAGACAGGCAUCAUUUGGAAAUUAUCAGUGCUCUAAAUUUUCCAGGGCAGUUCUCCAGCCGAGCAGUGUGUACAAAAAAAAUACAGAUAUAAAAUUAUUUAUUUAGCUAUUGAAUUUAUAUGCUGCCUUUCACCAAGAGCCUGCAAGAUGGUUUACAACGUAAAAAUAUAAAAUAUGUAAUAUAAUAAUAGUGAAAUAGGACAACGCUCUCCCUUGCCCACUUUAAAGGGCUACAGAAUCAUUGGCAGUCAAAGGCCUGGUUGAAGAGGAAUGUACUAAUGCAUAUAUUAGUGAAAAUUAAAACAGCGGGAGUUUUUUUUAGCAGGAACUCGGGGGAACUCAGUUUCCUAAUCUUUUAAAAAUUAAAUAAUUACUUUUUUUUGUUUGUUUAGGGGUGCUGGAACAGAUAUGCACCCAAUGCCUGAGCCCCAAAUCCACCUUUUCCUGUUAUCAAUAAAGUUGUGGCCGUUUCUCACUGUCAGUUUGAGUUUAUUAAUCGCAUUUUACAAUUAGCCACUGCCCCGGGGAGCAGGGUGUGGCGCUGCAACUGGGCCCACAGCUAACUAACUAUCUAACUAACUAUCUAACUAUCUAACUAACUAACUAACUAACUAACUAACUAACUAACUAACUUCAUGGUGAGUUCCCCUACCUUUGUUUCAGAAAAAAGGACUGGAAAUCAUGGCUUUUUUGCAGCCAGAACUCAGUUCUGGCACCUCUCAGGUGGGCGUCAUUGCCAUUCUAAGAGAUUAUGUUGAAUUCCGGCACCACUUUUUCUAGAAAAAUAGCACUGAUUAAAGUUGAAAUUCUUUAUAUUAGGGUAAAUUGCUUUACAAAAAAAGGUCUAUAUUAGGCAAGAUUGCACAGAAACCCAGGAGAAAUUCACCAAUGAAUUAUUAUUAUUUUUAAAUAGCAAACAGCUGUGAAAAUGCAGAGAACCAGGUUUAAGAUUUGAAAAAACGAGAAGCAGAGAUAACCGAAAUUAGACAGAUUCGCCUCUCCCUACUCGGCAGCCCAGGGUUUCACAGUUCAUUUACUCUCCUUUUCUCAUGUGGCAAAGCUCCAGCAGCUAUCUCUCAAUCCAGCGUAAUAAAUCUGUACCCACAGACUAUAAUUAAGUACGUAAUCCAGUUGAAGCCCGACACCCCAACCCCAGGGCAGAGGGAUGAGAUCCACGCUGCAGAUUCUUCCCUCCUUCUCGUCUGCUGCCCUUGGAGUUUCCAGAGCGACGGCGUCGACACAGCGGAGUCUUUCGCAAGGCCCAAGGACGAGCCAAAUCUGGGGCUGUCUUAGGGACUGGUUUGGCAGAUAACACUCUGGUGGGGCAUUUGCGGAUGCCAGGGACUGGCUGAGACAUUGAGGAGUGGUGUCUGGGUUUAUGGAGAUGGACUUGGAAAAAGGAAUCAGUGGUCUGGGGGAAAUCUGCAACGGCCAGGAGAUGAGAGUCAGAGGCAGGAGAAGCUGAAGGGCCGGACAGUGAAGGACAGGUGAAGGAGGAGGAAGAGAAAGGUCAGGCAGGUAGAGAAUCAAGGGCUUCCAUGCCUCCUUCUCCUGCUCUACCUCUCCUGCUCCAGUGUCUUCCAGGAUCAGAAGAGGGGUGAAGAGGGAGGAGCAGAAGCAGGUUACAUAUUUGUUGUUGUUCACUCGUUUAGUCGUGUCCGACUCUUCGUGACCCCAUGGACCAGAGCACGCCAGGCACUCCUGUCUUCCACUGCCUCCCGCAGUUUGGUCAAACUCAUUAUGGUAGCUUCGAGAACACAGUCCAACCAUCUCGUCCUCUGUCAUCCCCUUCUCCUUGGGCCCUCCAUCUUUCCCAACAUCAGGGUCUUUUCCAGGGAGUCUUCUCUUCUCAUGAGGUGGCCAAAGUACUGGAGCCUCAGCUUUAGGAUCUGUCCUUCCAGUGAGCACUCAGGGCUGAUUUCCUUCAGAAUGGAUAGGUUUGAUCUUCUUGCAGUCCACGAGACUCUCAAGAGUCUCUUCCAGCACCAUAAUUCAAAAGCAUCAAUUCUUGGGCGAUCAGCCUUCUUUAUGGUCCAGCUCUCACUUCCAGGGUAGGCUCAUCUAAACAAAAAUACUUUUAGCAGGCGAUGAAAAGAUUGCAGUGAAAGCGCCCGCCUGGUGUCAACAGGCAGGGAGUUCCAAAGUGAAGGUGCUGUCACACUAAAAGAUUGAUUUCCUACAAAUGCAGAAUGGGUGUUAUGUUAUACACGUAACACGGCCAGUUCUGCAGAUUGAAGCAGCCAAGAAGACAUAUAUGAGGUAAGGCGAUCUCACAGGUAAUCUGGUCCCAAGUUGUUAAGGCCUUUAUAUACCCAGAUUUGCAGACACUCCAAGUGUCCCUAUUUUCCAGGGAUGUCCCUGAUUUAGAGAAGCUGUCCCGGUUUCUGAUUUGAUCCUGGAAUCUCCCUGUAUUCCUUAGGAUGUCACUAUUUUCAUGGGAGAAAUGUUGGAGGGUAUGGAGUUAUCCAAUCCCUGAGCCGUCUGAAGGCAAUCCUGUACAGUCAUACCUCGGAUUGAAUGUGCUUCGGGUUGAGCGUGUUUGAGUUGUGUUCCGCGGCAAUCCGGAAGUAACAGAGCACGUUACUUCCGGGUUUUGCUGCUUGCGCAUGCGCAGACGCUGAAAACGACGUUAUGCGCAUGCGCAGACGCAACAAAAACCAACGCGCUGUCACUAGUUACGUUUGCUUCUAGAUGCGAACGGGGCUCUGGAACGGAUCCUGUUCGUAUCCAGAGGUACCACUGUAUAGGGAAGGUGUUUGUUUGUUUUUUAAAAAAAAGUUUAAUGUUUUAUUAUGCUUUUACAUAUGUUGGAAUCUGCCCAUAGUGGCUGGAGCAACCCAGUAAGAUAUGUGGGGUAUAAAUAGUAAAAUUAUCUUUAUGGAAUGGGACGUCCCUAUUUUCACCAGAUUUGGUUUCUUUUGGGAGGCGUUUCGUUCCAUUCUCCUCCCUUCUGUUUUUCUCUAAAAAAGAUAUGUAAGGGGGGAGAGACCUCCAGAAACUAUGCCAUGAGAGGACUGAACAGUGGCCAAAAGUACACUGAAUGGAGUUUAUCGGAAUCGGGUGAGACAGAAAACCAGGGCCAUGGUGGUUGUGGAGGAGGAUGAGUGAGAAUGAAAUGGAAUAUCCUGGAAAAGGGCAUGGCUGGCUGGCUGGCUGGCACCUUUCCCCCCAGAAGGGUAGCCAGUCUGCUAGACUGUUGCAGCCAAAAGCAGGGCCUUCUUUUCAUAUUCUUAGCGGGGAAAUGGGGUUUUCAAAAGGCAUUUAAGAAGCCAACCCAAUGUGAAAAAAGCACAGCCAACUUCCUUCCCUUGCAGAGUUACAGGUUUUCAAAAAAUAUGAUUCUUCAACCCGGUUCCUUACGUCUCCCUUUCCCCACUGUAUAUAAACUACCGAGACAACUUGCUUAUUAUCUCUUCAUCUACGUGUCUCCUUUACAGCUAAUAUAUCAUGUCAUCACCCUGAGGGUUAUGGCGAGGCGGCCAAAGCUAACUGCAGCCCCAGAAACAAAAGUUGCUCCUGACUUUUUUUUGCUGUCACGUUUCUAGCUUCUGCCAAGUUAAGUCCACCUUGGACAGGAGUUGGGGGCAGAGGAGGGGAGAGGGCAGGGUCCAAGAUCACUUUCCUAGCAUGGAUACUCUUACCCUCCUUUAUUCAGAAUUUCUAGCCUUGCUGCAAGUAGGACUGUAGCUAGGGGGUAGCGAGGUGGGCAUCUGCCAGGGGUGCAAGCAAUUGGGGGGCAGGCGGUGCAAAAUCUGCUAAAAAAUGUGUCCAUAAAUAUAAAUAUUGAUCAUUGCCUCAUAAGAAAUGGUUUUAAAUAGAGAGUGAGUUGAAUGGGUGGGGUGGGGGUUGGAGGAGAGGCGGAAAGAAGAGCUAAUUUGUCCGUGGCUCGGGGGCACAAUCUGGACGGUUCUGCCAGGGCGCAAGAUCACCUAGCUAUGGCUCUGGCCGCAAGCUAAGAUAGCUCCAAUAAAAAAUUGGACAAAGAAUUCUGGAAGAAGGUUUGUAGAUCUCAUCAAGGAAGCUUGGAGUCAUCAACAUCUGUGGCAGCUUAAUCUUCAGAGGAAGUGCACCUCUGACUAUCCUGAGGUUGAAGAGCCAGGAACAUCUUGCUGGCUCCCAGGAAAUGUUUGGUUUGAUCCAGCAGGGCUUUUAAAUAUUUUUAAGCUACUCAUUGAUGGUGAUCAGCUUCUGGAAGGGCCAUAGCUCUGCGGUAGAGCAUCUGUUUGCACGCAGAAGGUCCCGAGUUCAAAUUCUGACACCUUCAGGUGGGGUUGCCUGUCCUUGUAGACUGUACUGAGCGAGGUGGAACAGCGGUGGUGACUCAUGAUGUGUGGGCUUCUUCUGCCAUGCCUUCCAAGAUUUCUCCGAUGAAAAUAGGGAUGCCUGAUUCAAUAAUAAUAAUACAGUAAUAAUAAUAAUAAUAAUUUUAUUACUUAUACACCACCCAUCUGACUGGGUUGCCCCAGACACCCUGGGUGCCUUCCAACAUAUUAAAAAAACAAUAAAACAUUAAACAUUAAAAAAGCUCCCCUAUACACACUAUUCAGAUGUCUUCUAAAGGUUGUUUUGUUACUUAUCUCCUUGGCUCAGGGGUUGCAUAACUCCACACCCUCCAAUAUUUCUCCGAUGAACAUAGAGAUGCCCUAAGGCAAAACAGGGCAUUCCAGGAUCAAAUCAGAAUUUGGGAUGGCGUCUGUAAAUCCAGGACUCUCCCUGGUAAAUAGGGGCACUUAUAGGGGCUUAAAAAGCUAUGGUUUUUUUCCAGUGAUGAUGUAUGGAAGUGAGAGCUGGACCAUAAAGAAGGCUGAUCGCUGAAGAAUUGAUGCUUUUGAAUUAUGGUGCUGGAGGAGACUCUUGAGAGUCCCAUGGACUGCAAGAAGAUCAAACCCAUCCAUUCUGAAGGAAAUCAGCCCUGAGUGCUCACUGGAAGGACAGAUCCUGAAGCUGAGGUUCCAGUACUUUGGCCACCUUAUGAGAAGAGAAGACUCCCUGGAAAAGACCCUGAUGUUGGGAAAGAUGGAGGGCACAAGGAGAAGGGGACGACAGAGGAUGAGAUGGUUGGACUGUGUUCUUGAAGCUACCAGUAUGAGUUUGACCAAGAUGUGGGAGGCAGUGGAAGACAGGAGUGCCUGGCGUGCUCUGGUCCAUGGGGUCACGAAGAGUCAGACACGACUAAACGACUAAACAAUAACAACAACAACAACAUGGGGGCUGUUCUGCUGCAUGUUUAUUAGAAUCAAGGAUCAAGGUGUUCCGCAGAUUGAAUAAUGACCCCCCACCAUGGAAACAAUAUCUCCCCGCAUGUAGAAAACUAGAAUGUCUGGGAAGGACAUUUGCUGUGUUCACCACGAACAAACCAACUUACACUCUUCACUAACAGAUUGCUGGAUUGCUCAGUGAAGAAUAUAAGCUGGUUUGUUCUGGUAUUAUGGGAGAGGAAGAAAAACAUCUCCCUAUACGCACCCUCCAACCAAUGCAGAAACUAACACACCUCAAACACAUGUCUCCAAAAUGGCUCCCCACCACCGCCAGGGAAGAAGGGGUCGGUGAAGAUCUACAUCAGGGACAAGGCAGGGGUAAAGAGGUACAUUGGAACCUGCUGACCCUGUGGAUUCUGCCACCUGAGGCAGUCACCUCACUUUGCCUCAUGGGUGUGCCAGCCGCAUCUGCAUAGACCAGCGACCUGACUUGAUACGAGGCACCUUCCCACAGUCCUAGGACUCCACCGCUUGAUCCUGCUGCCUACGCAGGAUGAGUGCCUCUAGGUUAUAGCUCGCCCCACCUUAUUCUCCCCUCCCCACAUUGCUUUUUGGGGGUUUUGCAACUCAAGGCAUGCCAGGCCUUCUAUCACAGAUUUAAAACAAACAGAAACCUUUUUAAAAAUAAUUUCUAUUCUUUAUUGCGGGGGGAAAAAGAAAAGAAAGGACAACCGUCCCUGCCCAGCCUCCAAAAUCAGCUUCACGGUUUCCCAUCACAAUUAUAUAUUAGCAGAGGGAUAGACCUGGGGGCAAACCGUUCUGGCAGCCGUUCAACACUUUCAUGCCUGUAAUCCUGCAGAGAAAAAGGACACUCAGGUGUCUGACCUGUUCUUCUGGACUCCACUAAAUCAAACUCGAGCCUCAGGUAAAAAUUCUCUGUUUAUCUGAAAGUAUUAUUUUUGGGGGUGGGCAGGGUGAGGGAAGUGGUUUUCUCCUCCCUCGCUCCCCACCUCCUUUUCUCUGGCAAGUUCCAACCUUUUCUUAGCCUUGACAUAAAAACGCAGCUGAGAAAACACUGCAACUUGAAAAAGAAAAAAGAAAACCAGCUACUGUGCUAAAAUAUAAAAGUAUAUUGCAAAGUAAUUAUGGCGUCUUAAUCCUUAACCCUCUUUGAAACAGCCAUGGACCCGGGCAGUGGUGCCACCCGAGUAGGACUUUAGGGCUGAGGUUCUGGGUCCCACUUAGCAGAACAUGCAGAAAGACCCCCUAAACACUUACUUCUGGGUUUGCAGUGUCUGGGAGCCAAUUUGUUCGGGAGACAAGGCGUUAGGGAACCAAGGUACCACUGCAUUGAUAUGAAUUGUGGCAAACGCUAACUGGAUUCUUUCUGACUAGGGUUUGCUAGUCCUGUUAUAAUCCCUGCUAAGAAUGAACCCUGGCCCUGUUCACCACCACACAAUUAGAACCACACAAGGGAGAGAGGAGAGCAAGGUCACAACCCUCCAACCUUCCAUCACAACUUCACUGCAUGUCUCUGCAGAACUUCACUCACUGGAGUGAGGAGCCUGCCCAAUUCUGAUCAUGAACUAGGGAGCCUACACCAAUUGAGAAGUCUCCCCGCUGCAGACAUUCCACCCACCAACACCUGGGGGAUUUAAGUGUUUGAAGAGGACAGAUCCAAGGUAGCGCUGAUGUAAUCUUUAAUUAUGCUAAUGGGUUACAUCCCUCACUCGUCCUGCUCUGAAUGUCCUUGUCUGCCUAGAUUUUACCGUUAACCUCUGAUAGUGCGUGUUUGGAUGGGGACUAGAGAGUGUUAUAUUCAUUGCUAUAUUCAUAUUAUAAAGUUAGUGUCAGCUAGCAGCAUGGACUUAGAGAGCACGUAUAGAGACAUCACCUUGCCAACAAAAGUUCGUAUAGUAAAAGCUAUGGUUUUCCCAGUAGUGAUGUAUGGAAGUGAGAGCUGGACCAUAAAGAAGGCUGAUGGCCGAAGAAUUGAUGCUUUUGAAUUAUGGUGCUGGAGGAGACUCUUGAGAGUCCCAUGGACUGCAAGAAGAUGAAAGCAAUCUAUUCUUAAGGAAAUCAGCCCUGAGUGCUCACUGGAAGAACAGAUCCUGAAGCUGAGGCUCCAAUACUUUGGCCACUUCAUGAGAAGAGAAGACUCCCUGGAAAAGACCCUGAUGUUGGGAAGAUGGAGGGCACAAGGAGAAAGGGACGACAGAGGACAAGAUGGUUGGACAGUGUUCUCGAAGCUACCAGCAUGAGUUUGACCAAACUGCGGGAGUCAGUGGAAGACAGGAGUGCCUGGCGUGCUCUGGUCCAUGGGGUCACGAAGAGUCGGACACGACUAAACGACUAAACAACAACAAUGUUCUUUUUGUUUUCUUAAUCAUGGACUUGAAUGAAAUAAAGUCCUAUAUUUUCCUUACAGUACUCACUGCAGCCAACUCUCUUGUAGUCAGAGAUGGAUAGAAUCAUAGAAUCAUAGAAUCAUAGAAUCAUAGAGUUGGAAGAGACCACAAGGGCCAUCGAGUCCAACCCCCUGCCAAGCAGGAAACACCAUCAGAGCACUCCUGACAUAUGGUUGUCAAGCCUCUGCUUAAAGACCUCCAAAGAAGGAGACUCCACCACACUCCUUGGCAGCAAAUUCCACUGUCGAACAGCUCUUACUGUCAGGAAGUUCUUCCUAAUGUAUAGGUGGAAUCUUCUUUCUUGUAGUUUGGAUCCAUUGCUCCAUGUCCACUUCUCUGGAGCAGCAGAAAACAACCUUUCUCCCUCCUCUAUGUGACAUCCUUUUAUAUAUUUGAACAUGGCUAUCAUAUCACCCCUUAACCUCCUCUUCUCCAGGCUAAACAUGCCCAGCUCCUUAGCCGUUCCUCAUAAGGCAUCGUUUCCAGGCCUUUGACCAUUUUGGUUGCCCUCCUCUGGACACGUUCCAGUUUGUCAGUGUCCUUCUUGAACUGUGGUGCCCAGAACUGGACACAGUACUCCAGGUGAGGUCUGACCAGAGCAGAAUAGAGUGGCACUAUUACUUCCCUUGAUCUAGAUGCUAUACUCCUAUUGAUGCAGCCCAGAAUUGCAUUGGCUUUUUUAGCUGCCGCGUCACACUAUUGGUUCAUGUCAAGUUUGUGGUCAACCAAGACUCCUAGAUCCUUUUCACAUGUACUGCUCUCAAGCCAGGUGUCACCCAUCUUGUAUUUGUGCCUCUCAUUUUUUUUGCCCAAGUGCAAUACUUUACAUUUCUCCCUGUUAAAAUUCAUCUUGUUUGUUUUUGCCCAGUUCUCUAAUCUGUCAAGGUCGUUUUGAGGUGUGAUCCUGUCCUCUGGGGUGUUAGAACCCUGUGGCACCCCACUAGUCACUCUUCUCCAGGAUGAAGAGGAACCAUUGAUGAGCACCCUUUGGGUUUGGUCAGUCAGCCAGUUACAAAUCCACUGAGUGGUAGCAUAGUCAAGACCGCAUUUUACCAGCUUCUUUACAAGAAUAUCAUGGGGCACCUUGUCAAAUGCCUUGCUGAAAUCAAGGUAGGCUACAUCCACUGCGUUCCCUUCAUCUACCAGGCUUGUAAUUCUGUCAAAAAAUGAGAUCAGGUUAGUCUGAUAUGACUUAUUUUUUCAGAAAUCCAUGCUGACUGAUCCCAAUAUCAGUUUUUUUCUCUCUUUUAAGCUUAAGUUCAGUCCUUUGCCAUAUGCAAGUCUCUAUAGGUGUGCGUGCGUUUAUGAAAAUUAUCCGGCCUUUUAGUGCAGAUUUCUCCCAAUAGACACAUAUUUGCACAACAGUUUCGUCUAAUGCAGUUUUGUAUGUUAAUGUUCACCAACACAUGCAUUUUCUUGCAUGCUUUCUCCUAGCGCAUGCACGUUUCUACAGACUGGAUAACUGCAUUGCAAAAUUCAGAGAAAUGCAAAUUUUGAAGGAUGGCUGCGUUUUGGUUCGCACAUGGUUUAAGAAAGUGUGAACUGGGUGAAUUUCUAUGAUUCUAUAUGUAGAAUUGCAUUUAAAUGCAAACGGAACCAAAUCUCUCCCCUGACUUUACUUGUACAGUGGUGCCUCAGGUUACAUACGCUUCAGGUUACAUACGCUUCAGGUUACAGACUCCGCUAACCCAGAAAUGGUGCUUCAGGUUAAGAACUUUGCUUCAGGAUGAGAACAGAAAUCGUGCUCCGGGGGCGUGGUGGCAGCAGGAGGCCCCAUUAGCUAAAGUGGUGCUUCAGGUUAAGAACAGUUUCAGGUUAAGAACGGACCUCCGGAACAAAUUAAGUACUUAACCCGAGGUACCACUGUAGUAGACAUCUACAUUUUACUGCAGACAUUGGGGUUGUUGGAGAUGUUGAAGAUCGCUUGCUAUUUACUCCAGCUUUUUCCUAGUAGACUGUAUGCUUAGAAAGCUGAACUCAGCAUACUGUGCCUUCCAGGGCUCUUGAGACAGGAUCCGACCUUCAACCUGCAGGCGCCCUGCCACACCGUUUUCUACUUCCUUUGCAGUUUUGCACAAAUUGCAGCAUUUACAUGGCCCUCCCUCCGGAGGCUCAGCUGGCACCAUCGUCAUCUAUCUUUCGGUGCCAGCUAAAUACACACACACAAACUGAGGCUUUUGUGCAGAGCUGACCUUGGUGUAUCAGUUUCCAACUGCUGUUCCCUGUUCAGAAGAAGGGCCAAAGCUCUGUGACAAAGCAUGUGCUUUGCAUGUCUAAACUGCCAAAUUAAAUCACCAGCAUCUUCAGGUAGGGAUGGGAGAAAUGUCUGAAAUCCUGGAGAGCUGUUGCCAACCCGUGUUGACAACACUGUCCUAGAAAGGCUGUUGGUGUUGACUCAGCAUAGCAGCUUCCUAUGGCUUUCUUAAUGGACCUGAUAAUGUCAACUUUUAUAUGCCUGUUGUCUUUGUCCAUGGAGCUUUUCCCCAGUAGUGAUGUAUGGAAGUGAGAGCUGGACCAUAAAGAAGGCUGAUGGCCGAAGGAUUGAUGCUUUUGAAUUAUGGUGCUGGAGGAGACUCUUGAGAGUCCCAUGGACUGCAAGAAGAUCAAACCUAUCCAUUCUGAAGGAAAUCAGCCCUGAGUGCUCACUGGAAGGACAGAUCCUGAAGCAGAGGCUCCAAUACUUUGGCCACCUCAUGAGAAGAGAAGACUCCCUGGAAAAGACUCUGAUGCUGGGAAAGAUGGAGGGCACAAGGAGAAGGGGACGACAGAGGACGAGAUGGUUGGACGGUGUUCUCAAGGCUACCAGCAUGAGUUUGACCAAGCUGCGGGAGGCGGUGGAAGACAGGGGUGCCUGGCAUGCUCUGGUCCAUGGGGUCACGAAGAGUCAGACACGACUAAACGACUAAACAACAACAAUGUCAACUUAGCUGACUUUGCCAGUUGCAGUUUUAUUGGUUGCUAUAUAGAAUGAGAGCCAACAAACUGAAACUCAAUCCAGAUUAGACUGAGGCUCUGUUAGUGGCUGGUUCCCUAGACUAGAUGGCUGGGAGGUUACCUGGUCUUGAUGGGGUUACAUUUCCUCUGAAGGAGCAGGUUCGCAGCUUGGGGGUCCUCCUGGAUCCUUUGCUGUCACUCAAGGCUCAGGUGGCCUCAGUGGCCCAGGGUGCCUUCCAUCAACUUCGGCUGCUAGCCCAGCUAUGCCCCUAUCUAGACAGGGAUAGUCUAUCUUCUGUUGUCUAUGCUCUGGUAACUUCUACAUUAGAUUACUGCAAUGCGUUAUAUGUAGGGAUGCCUCUGAAGACGGUCUGGAAACUUCAGCUAGUGCAGAAUUCAGCAGCCAGGUUGCUCAUGGAGCAAGACGGUUUGAGUAUAUUACACUGAUCCUGGUCCGACUGCACUGGCUACCAAUUAGUUUCCAGGCCAAAUCAAAGUGCUGGUUUUGACCUAUAAAGUCUUAAACGGCUCAGGACUGCAAUACCUCAAGGACCACCUCUUUCCAUAUGAACCUACUUGGACCCUAAGAUCAUCUUCUGAGGCCCUCCUUCGUGUGCCUCCUCCUCGAGAGGUCCAGAGGGUGGCAACAUGAGAACAGGCCUUCUCUGCAGUGGCUCCCUGUCUGUGGAAUGCUGUCCCCAGGGAAGUUCGCUUGACGCCUUCAUUACAGACCUUUAGGCGCCAGGCAAAAAUGUACCUUUUUAACCAGGCCUUUGGUUGAUUUCAUUGACAUCCUAUACCUUUUUGAAAUGUGGCUCUUUUUGCAGGGAUGUGUGUGUGUGUGUGUGAUUGGGUUAUUGUUUUUAUUUUUAUUUUAUAUAUUGUGAUCUUUUCUGUGAACUGCCCUGAGACCUCCAGAUAUAGGGCGGGAUAUAAAUUUAAAUAGAUAGAUAGAUAGAUAGAUAGAUAGAUAGGGAGAGCUGGAAGAGACCCUGAGGAUCAUCUAGUCCAACCCACUUGGUUUUCUCCCCACCAACAGUGGAAAGCCAACAGUGAAGACCCAGUGCUGUUAUCUGCCAUGCGUGCUAAAAAAACAAGUAGAUAAAAUCUGAUCUUCCUACAGGAACCCCGACAGCAACCUUUUAAGGUAGGUCCAGGGCAACAGCAGUUGAGAGCAAUGGGACAGCGACCCCAUAGUGAGCUCAUGGCACAGGUCUGCUUUGAACCUGGGAUUUGGUGGUUCAAACACAGCUCAUUCUGGUGUGUAACUCAACUUCUGUGGUGGGCAGGGCCAGAGCCAAAAGCAGGCGGAGCAAAACAUGUGACUUGCACCAUUAUAGAAUCAUAGAAUUGCUGAGUUCAAAGGAACCCUGAGUGUCAUGCAGGAGUCAAAAUUUGCGGUCCCCCAUCCAAUUUGAAACAGUGCCAGAUCCUGCUUAGCUUGGCAGAUGUGCUAGCAGUUUUAUUGCCGCACCCCCUUUGCACUAGUUUAGGGUUGCCAUACGUCUGCCACACUCUUGAGAGUCCCGUGGACUGCAAGAAGAUCAAACCUAUCCAUUCUGAAGGAAAUCUCCCUGAGUGAUCACUGGAAGGACAGAUCGUGAAGCUGAGGCUCCAAUACUUUGGCCACCUCAUGAGAAGAGAAGACUCCCUGGAAAAGACCCUGAUGUUGGGAAAGAUGGAGGGCACAAGGAGAAGGGGACGACAGAGGAUGAGAUGGUUGGAUAGUGUCUUCGAAGCUACCAGCAUGAAUUUGACCAAACUGCGGGAGGCAGUGGAGGACAGGAGUGCCUGGCGUGCUCUGGUCCAUGGGGUCACGAAGAGUCGGACACGACUAAAUGACUAAACAACAACAACGUCUGGGAAAUCCUGAAUAGGUCCUCUUUUGGGGGGGGCAAUGUGUGUGGGGGGGAAUUUACAUUUUAAAGGAAAUGUUUUUUUUGGGGGGGUUGUUUGUUUGUAUUUCUCAGGUUCAGUCUCAAGCAUGGGCUGUUCUGCAUGCCACGGCUGCUGCCAGCCUGAGCUGGAGAAAGAGGCAUGAUGUACCUCUUUUCCUGGGUCGGGCUGUCCUCUUCUUUUGCUCUUCAAGGUAUGACAACCCUACACUAGAUGCAUUCCUCUCUGGCCUCCAUUCAACCAAGGAAGAAUCAUAGAGCCACAGAAUUGCAGAGGCGGAAGGGACCCUGAGGAUCAUCUAGUCCAACCCCCUGCCAUGCAGUUGUCCCAUGUGGGGAUCGAACCUGAAACCUUGGCGUUAUCAGCACCAUGCUCUAACCAACGGAGCUAUCCUGGCUCUUUAAGAAGCAUGAUCAGGGCUCAAGGUCAUAUUCCAGUGAUGCUCAAACACCCUAGGUGGAUGCAGAGCAGAGCGUUGGCUCAGGAGGGGGAAGUAGCCUGGGGAGCAUCUUGAGGGCCAGAUAGAGAGGCCUGGGGGCCCACAUAUCACCUCCAGGCCUGAGGUUCCCUGCUCUACAUCAGUGAGCAAACUCAUUCAAAGCUACAGGCCUUUCUUCUGCGCAAAUAUGUGAGGGAAACACGUAUAACUGUAAAUAUAUGUGAGGGAAUAUAUGUGCGUAAAUAUGUGAGGGAAACACCACAGUACCUCAAGGCCCACCUCUUUCCAUAUGAACCUACCCGAACCCUGAAAUCAUCUUCUGAGGCCCUCCUUCGUGUGCCUCCUCCUUGAGAGGUCCAUAGUGGCAACACGAGAACGGGGCCUUCUCUGCAGUGGCUCCCUGUCUGUGGAAUGCUCUCCCCAGGGAAGUUCACCUGGCACCUUCAUUAUACACCUUUAGGUGCCAGGCAAAAACGUUCCUUUUUAACCAGGCCUUUGUUUGAUUUGACUGACAUCCUAUGCCCUUCUAAAAUGUUUUUUUUGUGUGUGGGUGUGAGGGGGAGUUAUUACGAUACGAUACAAUAAUAUGAUACGAUAAUCUAUAUUGUCAUUGUCCCAUGCAGAACAGCGAAAUUGAAAAAUCUACAUCAGACAUUCAAAAACCAACAAGCCUGCUAUCCCAACUAUCCCAGCCUGGUUAGCCCCUAUUGGGUUGUUGUUUUUAUUUUUAUUAUGUAUUUUGUGGUUAUAUAUCUUGAUUUUAUUCUGUGAACCGCCCUGAGACCCCCAGGUAUAGGGCGGUGUAUAAAUUCAAUUAACAACAACAACAACAACAACAACAAUAAUAAUAAUAUAAAACAGCCUCAAACCUUUUUUAAAAUUAUAAUAUGAAUGAAUGAGGAACGAAGGGGCGGCAUUGUCCUCUCGAUACGAGGCUUUGCUAUGUUUAGGAGGCAGCCAAGAGUUCUAAAGGGGGCUCACUGACCCUUGCCUUCUCUCGGGGACGCGGCAGUUGCGUGACCUGCCGGUGAUCAGAAGCUUCAGAUGCCUCAUGUAACUGAAUCACUGGCUUGGCUGAAGCGUUUUGCUGGACAAAUGCGGUCUUCGGAGGCAUCAGCCGCGCUGUAAAGGGGACAGCUGGCCCCAGGGGAAGCGGAAGGAUAGAGGAUGAGCAGUGACGGGUGACCUGCCUUGAGUUCAGCCAGCCAGCCCGUCAGUUCCUCUGCCCCGGGCAUUCAAAGGGCAGCCUUGUCUACAGCAGAGACCGCUCUGCCUUUUCUUUCCAACGGGGCGGUGGAAGGCGAGCGGCGCAGCACGAUUAUUAUUGCUAAUGCAUUUCCACCGCGCUCUAGCACAGUGGCUUGUGAUGGUUAGGAGCGGCCGGCUAGGACAUGGGAGAGGCCAGGAUUCGCACCCACGACCAGGUUGCUGGGUGAACCCGGGCCCAGUAACUUCCUUUUGACCUACCUCACAGGGUUGUUACGAGGGAUGAAAUAGGAGAGAGCCCCAAACACCACCUCGAGGCCCUUGGAGGAAAAAUGUGGCAUAUAGCUGUGAUAGCAUAGCUUAGUUGCUAUAGCAUGAGACCCUGAAUCUCAGGGUUCAAGCCCCACACUGGGCAAUUGCAGGGAAUUGAACCUAGAUGAUCGCCGUGGUCCCAACUCUACAGUUCCAUGAAUCUUUCAAUCUUCUAUCUUAUGUAUUUUAUGCUGAGAUCUAUGGAUGAAGGGCGGAGGGCAAAUUUAAUAAAUGUAUAAAACAAAUAAUAUUCUAUGCUUGCUUAUGACGACCCAGUAAAGCAGGCCUUUAAGAUUUUCCAGGAGGCAGGAUCAAAGUCUCCAGCUAGGCAGCUCCGUGAUUCAGAAACACUUGCCCGGAGCAAGAACAUAAAAAUACGAUAUUUUCAUUUAAAACAUGGCGCACACUAUACUGGGUGUGCGUGAGAUAGCAGCAGCAGCAGAAUCCAAAAUGAUCGAUCGAUUAGGGCUCCUGGUAUCAGAGAGCAUCGUAUCUGCAUUUUAGCGGGAACGGCAUAGGUGAAGAUGCAGUUCCAGGAUGUUGAAUAGGAUUGCCAACAACUCCAAACCUCAGCCUGUGAAACGAUUCCAAAUGCCAGACAUUUAAGGAACAUCAUUUGCAGAUUUCCCACCCAUCAGCUGUAGGCAGGCUCAAGAGGUUGUCCCCAAGCAGUACUCGACAGAGGCUGCUCUCCUAUGUUGUUUAUCAUCAGCGUUUGGUCAAGCCGAAGCACUCUGCAUGUGUGUCACAAGAAGGAGCAUCACACAUAGCGUGGAGCUGGAGGGGCCAUGCGCCUCCUUCUGCCCCCCCCCAGGUUGAACAGCCAGCAAACCCUGCCCUGACUUCCAUGCAUCCUCAUCAUCCAUGCAUCAUCACGUGUGAACCUCUUCAAAGGCAUGCAAAGAUAUGCAUAUGGGAUGUGGGUGGCGCUGCGGUCUAAACCACUGAGCCUCUUGGCCAGGCAUAGGCAAACUCCGGCCCUCCAGAUGUUUUGAGACUACAAUUCCCAUCAUUCCUGACCACUGGUCCUGUUAGCUAGGGGUGAUGGGAAUUGUAGCUCCAAAACAUCUGGAGGGCCGGAGUUUGCCUAUGCCUGCUCUUGGGCUUGCUGAUCAGAAGAUCGGCGGUUCGAAUCCUGGCAAUGGGGUGAGCUCCCGUUGCUCUGUCCCGGUUCCUGCCAACCUAGCAGUUCGAAAGCACACCAGUGCAAGUAGAUAAAUAGGUACCACUGCAGUGGGAAGGUAAACAACGUUUCCGUGCGCUCUGGUUUCUGUCACGGUGUUCUCUUGCAUGAGAAGCAGUUUAGUCAUGCUGGCCACUUGCCCCAGAAAGCUGUCUGUGGGCAAACGCCGGCUCCCUUGACCUGAAAGCCGCAACCCCAUAGUCGCCUUGGACUGGACUUCCAGGGGUACUUUACCUUUUACCUAGAUAUGCAUACUAUCUUGGCGCUUAGGCUUUCCAUGAGUUUUGGAACCCUGACUGGGUAAGCUUGACGAACAUGUCAGAAAGUUUAUGUGUUCGGGAAGCCUGUGUGUGUGAACCUGCCACAGGUUUAGCCCUGUAGGCCUGCCGCGUUCUCCUUCAUGUGAUGCAUGGAGACAGAGAGAUUUUGAAUGUUUGCUCCCCCCCCAUACAUGUAGAUAGUCUGCAGCUCUACCAAAACAUAAGCAGGAGUAGCAAAAUUUAGGUAACUGUAUGAAAGGUGUGUGUAUAUGGAAAGGUGGAAUAGGUGUUUUAACAAUUAAACAAAAAAAAAUAUGAUGAGUUUAUGAUUCCACCUGCAUUCAUUAUCCUGGUUUCCCUCAAGAAGUCUAUUUAUUUUUCUUAGGUGCCUACUGCUAGAAUUCAUCUUGAGGCAACUUACCUUAUACAAGUACUGUACAAUAAUAUAAAAAGUACUAGAAUCAUAGAAUCAUGGAGUUGGAAGACACCACAAGGGCCAUUGAGUCCAACCCCCUGCCAUGCAGGAAACACCAUCAGAGCACUCCUAACAUAUGGUUGUCAAGCCUCUGCUUAAAGACCUCCAAAGAAGGAGACUCCACCACACUCCUUGGCAGCAAAUUCCACUGUCGAACAGCUCUUACUGUCAGGAAGUUCUAAAUGUGCAUUACUUAUGUAUUGCACUUUCCAGUGGAAUCUAUAUUGAGAAUGUAAGAAAAUCAGGCCCAUCUGGUCCAGCACUGUGUUCUCACAGUGGCCAACCAGAGGCAUCUUGGGAAACCCGAAAGCAGGACAGGAAUACAACACUUUUGCAAACUGCAGUUCCCAAGGUUCUGUGUAGAGGAGCCAGGAAAAUCAAAAUGGCUAAACUUUGCACUUGAGUGUUCCUUUCAUACUCGAACCACACGUAGACUCAGGUCUUUCAGAUGUGAGGGGCACCUUGUGCGUGGCCAAAUUUCGGUGCCCCUGCAUCUCGCCUUCAAAUCUGCUCAAAUCGCUGUGGCAUAGUUGUGGUGCCCUGUGGCGCCCCCAGGCUUGGUGCCAGUGGAACCAGUUGCACUGCCGUAAAUCUGCCUCCGCUCAGCACCCCCUCUUUGUCCCAAGAAAUCACCAUUCAAUGCAGCAAAGUCCCCACAUUUCCCCAUUCGAGAGCCUCGUGUUUGUUACAAACGGCAAAAAAUAAUAAUAAUGGUUUCCUAUAUGUAUAUUUCAUAAGACUGUUCCCUUGGUUCCCAUGCCCUAUAAUAAAAAAAAAAGCAACUUUGUUAUGGCCCUGCAUCAAAAACUCAAAGUAGGUUUUCUCGUGACUAUGGCCUGCGGGAUACCUUCUGUAAAAAUGAAAAAUGAAUGAAUUACUUUAUGUUAUCGAUAGAGAGCCGAGCAUUGAUCAGUGCAGGAGGCAGGAGGGCGAUUCCUCACACUCCUGAGCGCUGCGGCGAGGAGGAGGCAGGGACACGGGCCGCCUUGGCCUGGGCAGCAUUUGGCUUCAUUUCCCCAACAUUCAGAUCCAUCCCAGCCCCCACCCCCACCCCCAUCUCAAUUGCUGGGCUUCCAGAAUGACUCUCUGACAGCCAGCCAUUAAUUACUAUCAUCUGAGUCUAAUUCAUUCAUCCCUUUUUCUCUCAUGCAGAGGGACAGCUAGGGCUGAGGGCACUCAGGAAAUGUAGGCACGAUUCCAUAUUCUUUAUGCAGAGUGCACAGCCUGCUACUUUGUUGGGUCGCAGUGGCUUUAAUUGAAUUGGCUUGCCAAUAAAGCCGAUGUCAUUCAGUAAGUGGAGUGUUGUACUAUCCGCACCACAGCUGCUGCAUACAAGCAGGCGCGGCCUGAAGGCAAGCCAACCGUCCACUCUUCCGAGUUGCCCAUUUCCUUCCUCCUCCUCCUCCUCCUCCUCCUCCUCCUCCUCCUCCUCCUCCUUCUCCUCCUCUUCCUCUUCUUCUUCCUCUUCUUCCUUCCCUCCCCUUCCACAGUCACACCAUCCAUGCAAUGUACUCAAUAUGGGGCUUCCCUUGUGCUUGAUCUGGAAGCUGCAGUUUGUGCAGAAUGCCACGAUUGCAGACAGGAGCGAGGCCUUACCAGCAUGCAACUCCUGCACUCGGUGAUUUGCAUGUCUUGCCAAUCUGCUGUUGUUGUUUAGUCGUGUCCAACUCUUGUGACCCCCUGGACCAGAGCACGCCAGGCACUCCUGUCUUCCACUGCCUCCCGCAGUUUGGUCAAACUCAUGCUGGUAGCUUAGAGAACACUGUCCAACCAUCUCGUCCUCUGUCAUUCCCUUCUCCUUGUGCCCUCCAUCUUUCCCAACAUCAGGGUCUUUUCCAGGGAGUCUUCUCUUCUCAUGAGGUGGCCAAAGUAUUGGAGCCUCAGCUUCAGGAUCUGUCCUUCCAGUGAGCACUCAGGGCUGAUUUCCUUCAGAAUGGAGAGGUUUGAAAUUCUUGCAGUCCAUGGGACUCUCAAGAGUCUCCUCCAGCACCAGAAUUCAAAAGCAUCAAUUCUUCGGUGAUCAGCCUUCUUUAUGGUCCAGCUCUCACUUCCAUACAUCACUACUGGGAAAACCAUAGCUUUAACUAGCUUUAACGGACCUUUGUUGGCAAGGUGAUGUCUCUGCUUUUUAAGAUGCUGUCUAGGUUUGUCAUUGCUUUUCUCCCAAGAAGCAGGCGUCUUUUAAUUUCAUGGCUGCUGUCACCAUCUGCAGUGAUCAUGGAGCCCAAGAAAGUAAAAUCUCUCACUGCCUCCAUUUCUUCCCCUUCUAUUUGCCAGGAGGUGAUGGGACCAGUGGCCAUGAUUUAAAGCAGCUGAACAACUUGGGACCGGUUUACCUAUGAGUUCACCUUAGCCACUUAGCCACUUUGAUCUGCAGAACUGGCGGCCACAUAAUACUUGCUCCAUAUUUGUGCAAACUUGGUUUUUUAGUGUGGCAGCACUUAAAAUUUGCAACUCCCUGCCUAUUGACACCAGGCUUCACUGUACUUUUCCUGGUACAGUACCUGCUAAAAACAUUUUUGUUCAGACAACCCUACCCAGGCUGCAUCUAGACACGUAAAAAAAAACCGUUUCAGGAAAACGCAUUGUAAAACUCAUAAUGGAAAAUCACAUUUCUGAAGGAUCGAACUCUACAUCGCCACCUGUUGUCACAGUGUUAUAAUGCAUUUAAAACACUUUUUUGAGUAAUGUAGCUGAGUCCUCAGAUGUUUAGAAUGCUGACGUGAGUCAUAAUCUGUUGUCUAUUGUUAUUUUAACUUUUUGAAGGUCUUAAAUGAUUGCUGUUAAUUUUUCUUACGGAUAAUUUUAUCGUUUCAUGCUUUUUGUAGGGUCUACUAUGAGUAAACCUUAAUUGAAUACCACUCUCGGUUUCCUGCAGCUCUGAGGUUUUCUACCAAAGUAGGCAUUCAGGGGCACUUAGUAAAUUAAUAAUAAUAAUAAUAAUAAUAAUAAUAAUAAUAAUAACAACAACAAUAUUGUAAACCCACAAUGGAAUAAUAAUAAUAAUAAUAAUAAUAAUAAUAAUAAUAAUAAUAAUUUAAUAAUAAUUUAUGUAUACCCCUUAUGAAGGCCCUUGGCGCUGGAUCUCCGGACUGGACAAUGGGGGUGGAGACGCUCCUUCAGGUAUACAGGAAUGAGACAUGGGCUCAAGUAAUUUAUCCUCUUUCUCCUUUCCUUCCCAUCUUUUCUCACACACACAGCUUAAAAGGAGACUUCCUGGCUUCUUAAAUCUGUUGACUUCCAAAGUGGAAGAAUCUCCCGGUUUAUGUGCUGCUACAAUUCUGGUUUGUGAAACCUAUGGUUUGCAAUCUUGGUUCAUAGGUAGCAUCAUAUUCAAGCCACUCCACUAUCUCAAUAAAAGGCUGCAUAUAAGAAUAUGUGCAUUGCAAAAUUCAGGGGAGUGUGAAUUUUGAAGGAUGACUGUGUUUUUUGUUGGUGGUGUAUUGUUUCAGAAAGUUCAGAUUAGGUCGGUUUGCCUUUAAAUGUGAACUGAGCCAAAUCUCUCCCCCAUUCCUACAGUUAUGGCUCAAGAAACAAACAACUAAACAGUAUCAAUGGAUUUUUUUUUUUAUGCUUAAUAUUGCCUACCUUAUAAUGAAUUUAGAAGUUGUAAAGGUAUUUAUAUAUUUUUUAACCAUUAAAUUGCUUUGAGAUGCUUCCUGGGAAGCAAUUCAUAAAUGGAACGAAGCAAACAAACAAUAUAUCAGAUGGUGUUGCGGUGCUCUGAAACGAACGGGGGCAAGAGACGGGUUGUCGUAAUGAAGUAUUGACAUGUAAUUUUUGUUGCUGUGCUGCUGAUCUUGAGCUGCCUGUGCCUUUGGGGCACAUUCAUGCAGAAACGUGGCAGGGAAAGAAGCACACACCACGGGCAGCGAGACUGCUCCACAGGCAAAACCACCUUCAGCUGGUUCGUGCCAGUGGAGAAGGAAGGGAUGUGGCUCAGAGGUAGAGAAUUCGCUUUACAAACAGAGGGUUUCAGGUUCAAUUCCCAGCAUCUCCAGGUAGGACUGAGGAAAGGACUCCUGUCUGAAACCCCUGUAUGGGCAAUCUACCCGGAAGAUAUUUGUAUGCCGAGGAGUUAGUGAUCUGACAUGGUUAUCCUUCCUGCCCCCUCUUCCUUCCUUCCCCCUAUCUUUUGCUAAGCUCUUUGAUGGCUGAGAGCAGCCUUGAAUGUCCUAAUCUGUUGGAAGGAAGAGAUAGUGAGGAGCACCUUCUUUGAUGUUGGACAUUGUUUGGAGAAAGUGAGGCAUUGGGAGAAGGUCGCUAAUGAGUAAUGAAUAGCAGUCAGUAAAAAAAGUAAAGGUAAAGGACCCCUGGAUGGUUAAGUCCAGUCAAAGGUGACUAUGGGGCUGAUCUCACUUUCAGGCCGAGCGUUUGUCCACAGACAUCUUUCUGGGUCCUUUAAAGCCCCAAACGGCCUCAGCCCAGUAUACCUGAAGGAGUGUCUCCACCCUCAUUGUUCUGCCUGGACACUGAGGUCCAGUGCCAAGGGCCUUCUGGCGGUUCCCUCACUGCAAGAAGCCAAGUUACAGGGAACCAGGCAGAGGGCCUUCUCGGGAGUGGCACCCAGCCUGUGGAAUGCCCUCCCACCAGAUGUCAAAGAGAAAAACAACUACCAGACUUUUAGAAGACAUCUGAAGGCAACCCUGUUUAGGGAAGCUUUUAAUGUUUAAUAGGUUAUUGUAUUUUAGUGUUCUGUUGGGGAGGCUGCCCCCAUUGUUCAGAGGCGAAACACAGAGCUGACCGCAGUGGGGCUCAGUGUCUGGUGGUUCCUGCUGCUGCCGCCACUGGCUGGGGGCAGCUUCUCCCCAUCUUUCCCUUGUGUGGCAGAGGAUGGGGGACAGGGACGGCACCUUCUCAUUUUGCCUCAGGCCCUGGCUGAAUGAACCCAUCGGAGAUUGGAUGGCCAUCUUUCAUGGCCCCACAUAGAAGACUCCCUUACCUUGGUUGCGUGGUGGCAGGUUCCAGCAAGAUCCCAGUGGCAGCGGGGCAGGAGGGGUCCCCACAGGGGCACUGCCUUUUGGGCUUUGCCACCAGAGGCGCUUGCCUCAGCCUGUCUCAUGGUGGGGCCAGGCCUGCAUCUAGCCAUCUCUGCUGGAUGCUUGAGACAUGAAUGAUAUACAGGUGGUACAUGACACCAGUCAAGCUUGCAAAAAUCUAUCAUUUGCCUGAUAAUAAAUGUUGGAAAUGUAAAGAAACUGAAGGUACAUUCUUUCACCUUUGGUGGACGUGCCCAAAGAUUAAGGCUUUCUGGGAGAUGAUAUAUAAUGAAUUAAAAAAGGUAUUUAAAUAUACCUUCUUGAAGAAACCAGAGGCCUUUCUCCUGGGCAUAGUUGGCCAAUCGGUGUUAAAAAAGGAUAGAACUUUCUUUAUGUAUGCUACAACAGCAGCAAGAAUACUCAUCGCAAAGUAUUGGAAGACACAAGAGCUACCCACACUGGAGGAAUGGCAGAUGAAAAUGAUGGACUAUAUGGAAUUGGCGGAAAUGACUGGCAGAAUCCGUGACCAGGGAGAAGAGUUGGUGGAAGAAGAUUGGAAGAAAUUCAAAGAUUAUUUACUAAUGAAUGUUAGAGUGAUGUUGGAUUGAAGUUAAGUGGCUUCUAGCUGUACAGGUUUUAAAGUUAUAAAUAUAUCAAGAUUAAGGAUUAGGAUUAAAAAGGUUAAAAGAAUGGAAAAAUGAGGGAGGUAUGAGGAAGUCCGGGAAACAAGUAAAUGUAAAAGAAGUUAUGAAAAGACGGAAUUGUUUUUAACUGUUUUUUUUUCUUUUUAUCUUUUUGUAUUUUGUAUUGUGUAUUUUUCUUUUUUCUUUUUAAAUUUUUCUUGUUUAUUAAUGUGAUUCUAUUUUGUCUGAAACUUUAAUAAAUAUUAAUUAAAAAAAAUAAAAAAUGAAUGAGCCAAGUACAUUAACAAGCAAGCAUGGCUGCUCCAUUAUCUUGGAAGUGGCUCCUUCUUGCCAGAGGUGACCAAGAGAGUGGCUAUUUUAAAGCGUGCCUUGACACAGAGUCUCGCCAAUUAAAACAGCAUCCAUCCACCCCCAAUUCAUAGGGGAGGACAGGAACAGGCUAGUAACAGUCAGAUUGCCUUAUCAAGGAUCUCUAACCCUCCCACCUCUAGUCCAUUGUUACUAAAGGCUCUGCACCACCUUCUUUAUACAGUCCUAUUUGCUUGCUCUGCAGUCACCUGCCUUUCACCACUUUCAAAGCCUCUUUGUUUUCUUUAGAUGACACCAUGAUCUGUCGUUGACAUCAGUUGGGAACGAGCCUCAAUGGAAUAUGAAAUAUGGCAGGUCUGUGCACCACAGUGGCGCUCAAACGCUUUUGCAUGUGCAUUCAGAAAUGCGUAUGCGCGUUAGAAAGAAGAUGCAUUGACUUAUCCACCUGGAGAUUCAACAUCUGGAGCAGACCAUUGUUCUGCCCGGACGCUGAGGUCCAGCGCCGAGGGCCUUCUGGCGGUUCCCUCAUCGCGAGAAGCAAAGCUACAGGGAACCAGGCAGAAGAGGGCCUUCUCGGUAGUGGCGCCCGCCCUGUGGAAUGCCCUCCCAUCAGAUGUCAAGGAGAUAAACAACUACCUAACAUUUAGAAGACAUCUGAAGGCAGCCCUGUUCAGGGAAGUUUUUAAUGUGUGACAUUUUGAUGUAUUUUUAAUCUUCGUUGGAAGCCGCCCAGAUGGGCGGGGUACAAAUAAAUAAUAAUGAUAAUAAUGAUGAUGAUGAUGAUGAUGAUGAUAUGCCUGUUGUCUUUGUCCACGAAGUUUAAAAGUCCUGUGGACUGCAAGAAGCUCAAACCUAUCCAUUCUGAAGGAAAUCAGCCCUGAGUGCUCACUGGAAGGACAGAUCGUGAAGCUGAGGCUCCAAUACUUUGGCCACCUCAUGAGAAGAGAAGACUCCCUGGAAAAGACUCGGAUGUUGGGAAAGAUGGAGGGCAGAAGGAGAAGGAGACGACAGAGGACGAGAUGGCUGGACAGUGUUCUCGAAGCUGCUAACAUGAGUUUGACCAAACUGCGGGAGGCAGUGGAGGACAGGAGUGCCGGCGUGCUCUGGUCCCUGAGGUCACGAAGAGUUGGACACGACUAAACGACUAAACAACAACAACAACAACAACAACAACAACAAUAAUAAGACUUUGCCAAACUGGCGUCCUUCAGGUGUUUCAGACUGCAACUUCCAUCAGGUUGGUGAAGACUGGUCUAGAGAGGAAUGGGGAGGAGCUUGAAAAAUCCAGGGCCCCCUCAGCCCAGAGGCCCUCCAAAUGACCACCCAGGGAGCAAGAGAUGAUGGAAGUAGCAACAAAUAGGUCCUGCGCAUGCACCUGGGCUGGCAUGGGCAUGUUGGGGUGAUGGACAAAUCAGCAUCUCUCUUUAUUUUAUAAUAGAGGGUGGCUGGCUGAGCGGAUGUCAUGUACAAAACAGCCUCCUGCACAUGGUCACAGAUCCCCAUUUUGCUAUUUUUACUUCAUAUUAUUUCCAACAACAAAAUGCUGCCUAUUUCCAAAUAAGUGUUUGGUUUUUUUGCAUUAGGGCAGUGGAAGCAAAUGCCAUUUUUCAAUUACAGGAGGAGGAAAAACUAGGACUGGUCAGUUGUUUUUGGAUGUGUGUGUGUUUUGCUCUAGCGUACUGGGAAGGUAGAUUCAGAGGCAAAAUCUGGAAUGGCGGUGGAAGCGGGAAACGUUAAUCGUGCACUUCAUGACCGAAGCGAUACUACCAAAAUAAGAGCUGUUCCCUGUAAAAUCAUUGUAAGGUAAAGGUAAAGGUAAAGGGACCCCUGACCAUUAGGUCCGGUUGUGACCGACUCUGGGGUUGUGGCGCUCAUCUCGCUUUAUUGGCCGAGGGAGCUGGCGUACAGCUUCCGGGUCAUGUGGCCAGCAUGCCUAAGCCGCUUCUGGCGAACCAGAGCAGCGCACAGAAGCGCCGUUUACCUUCUCGCCGGAGUGGUACCUAUUUAUCUACUUGCACUUUGACGUGCUUUCAAACUGCUAGGUUGGCAGGAGCAGGGACAGAGCAACGGGAGCUCACCCUGUCGCGGGGAUUUGAACCGCCAACCUUCUCAUCGACAAGUCCUAGGCUCUGUGGUUUAACCCACAGCGCCACCCGCGUCAUUGUACCCAGGGUCUAACAUAGCUACUGAUCUUGAACCCCGAAAAAUGACAGCUCUACCAAGUCACAUCAAUAAUUUUUUAACAAGGAAUCCCCAACAGGAAACAACAGUGGCGGACAUUGUAUGUGUGUAAGUGUGGAAAAAAUAAGGGCUGAUAUCUACUAGGGACAGUUAUCAGAAAAAAGAGACUACCCUUUACCCUGACUUUGGGUACCUGAUAUGCAAAUUUUUAGGACCCGUCCUGUUCUUGUGAUUGUAACUUGCCUUCAACCAAUUUAACACUGUGUUUUAAUUGUUGUAAUCUGCCCUGGGACCUUAGGUAAAGGUAAAGGUACCCCUGACUGUUAGGUCCAGUCACAGAUGACUCUGGGGUUGCGGUACUCAUCUCGCUCUAUAGGCCGAGGGAGCUGGCGUUUGUCCGCAGACAGCUUCCGGGUCAUGUGGCCAGCAUGACUAAGCCGCUUCUGGCGAACCAGAGCAGCGCAUGGAAAUGCCGUUUACCUUCCCGCCGGAGUGGUACCUAUUUAUCUACUUGCACUUGAUGUGCUUUCGAACUGCUAGGUGGGCAGGAGCUGGGACCGAACGACGGGAGCUCACUCUGUCAUGGGGAUUCGAACCACCAACCUUCUGAUCAGCAAGCCCUAGGCUCCGUGGUUUAGACCACAGCGCCACCUGCGUCCCUGCCCUGGGACCUUAGGGCCUGUAAUAAAUUAAAACAAUCCUUCUCCUUCUCGUAGGGGUUGUUGCAACUGCAUGAAAUAGAUCCCUGCCUGUUAAUCGGUUGUUAGUUCAGCCCUGUAAAUAAGUUCACAAAAGUUUCUAGCUUUCCAUAAACUGAUACUGGCCUGCUCUACCCUGUCAGAGGAACACCACUACACUUGCAGUAGCCAGCUGCAUUUAAGAACAUUAGAUAAGCACAGCUGGAUCAGGCCAGGCCAGCAUCCUGCAUCCUGUAGUGGCCAAACAGAUGCCACUGCGAAGCCCACAGGCAACAGACGUCUUCCAUUGUUGUUCUCCAGCCAUUGGUAUUCAGAGGCUUACUGGGAUACUGGUACAAGCAUACUGAGGCUUCACUGCUCAUAGCUACCGAGAGCCUUCCCUUCCAUGAAUUUCUCCAACCCCACCUUGACGCCAUCAAAGUUCGCAGCCAUCACUGCAGCUUGUGGUAGCAAAUUGCACAGCGAUGCUUUGCAAAGGCCUGCGACGGAAUUUGCCGGAGAGCGGAGGGAUUGGGUGUCCAGCCAGCCGGUGUGUUUUUUCAAUUAAGAGACCGACUCUGACCCCUCUGCUACUCAGCCCUGGCUCUAAUAGAAUAUCAUUGUUUCUCGCUGCAUUAAAAAAAAAAAAAAUACCGAUGAUGACAGUUAAUACAUUUCGUUAGCCUAGGAGCUUAAAGAUCUCAUUAAGAAGUCAAGCUGCGUUGAGGAAACGAGGCAACAUUAGAGGAGCGCAUUUGUUAUCCAGCCCACAAAGCUGUUUGGACGGCAAGAUCCUAACUUUCUCGCUGCAGCUUUUGCGAAAUGUUAAGGGUGGGGUGGGGUGGGGGGUUAGGCUCGCUUGAUUUAUGAGGGCUGUAAAGUGAUAGCAAGACUGGAGCGAAAAGAUCUGAAGACGCUUUGCAGCCUUCUGCAUUUUAAUGCGCAAGUAGGAGGAACUGGAUAGGACGUCUGGCACACACAAAGAAGGAAAUAUGUUACAAGGCGGCCACUGUUGGGCCUGGAUCCUGCAUGGCUCCUUGUGACCCACCAAAACAAAUCUAACCCACAAGCCAUAUAUUUUAGCCUGCAAGGCAGCCCCCUUGUUUUUACAGUCCUCAGGAUGCGGCCAAACCAAGAAAUUUAUUGAGCUGCUGUUGGACAGACACAG